AUGGACUUUAUUAGGUAUCUAAUACCAAAGCGAAAAAGUAGUGCGUUAGUUUUGACAGCUGUAUUUUUGUUUUUCUUUGCCAUUUAUCAAUUUUUCAAUGAUGCUCCUACGAUCGGUAUAGGAAACCGCUUGAAGUUCCCCGAUAUUGGUAAUUUUUAUUUUUGAUUUUGGUUGAAAAAUGCGUUAGUUUUGUAGAAAAGGUAGCAGAACGGAUCGUGAAAAGAGAUUAUCCCGAUGACGGGGAUGUAGUAUUGCAUGUGCGGCCUGACUAUUCCAUCAAAAGAGACGGUCCUGGCGAAGAUGGGAAGCCAGUUGUUCUGAAAGGAGAGGAAAGAGCCCUAGGCGAUGAGGACAUGAAGAAUUGGUUCAUGAAUGUUCAUGCUAGGUACUUUGAACGAGAAAAAUCAAAAUAAACUUGACGUUUUAUAGCGAUAAAAUAUCUCUCGAUCGAAACGUCCCUGACGCUCGGCGGAAAGAAUGCAAGGAUGUCAAAUACGACCUGGAAAAGCUCCCCAAUGUAAGUUAUUCCGAGAUGAAUGACCUAAAAAGCUUUUUUUAGGCUUCUGUGGUUAUAAUCUUCACUGACGAGGCCUGGACGCCUCUUCUUCGAACAGUUCAUUCGGUUGUCAACAGAAGUCCUCCGGAAAUUCUUCACGAGGUCAUUUUGUUGGAUGACAAUAGCCAGAGAGGUUUGGUGUCCACGAAAAAUGGUUUUCUGUUGUUUUUGUUCAAAAAUCCGUUUGCAAAAAUGCAUUUAACGCCAAAUAAAGUUCAAAAUAGCUUUUUCUCUAUACAUGCUUAACUUACGACUUUUUAUGGUAUUUCAAAAUUCAGCAAAGGUUUUCGCACAUAAUCUGAACCCCUAAACCAGUGAAAUCACUUGAAAGAAACUUUAUUUUUCAUUUUUUUUUUUAAUUUGACGGACGUUUUCUUUAUAUUUCCUUUAUAUGUGAAUCAUUAGACUUUAUAAAAAACAGGAACUUUCCUGGGAAAAAAAGCUUAUUAAAACGCCCGUUUUUUUCGUGAAACCCUAUGAAGUGGACGAAUAUUACAGAAGAGCUCAAAGAGAAGCUGGACCACCACAUCAAACGGUUCAACGGAGUCGUAAAAAUCGUGAGAAAAAAACCGUCCGUCAUGGUCUGAUUCGAGCCAAACUUGCAGGUUUCUUUUUUUGAUGUUUUUUUAUAAAUUUAUUGAGAAUGUUUUAUUUUUUUCAUAUAUUUCCCGGGAUUUCCGUGGUUUAAUUGAUUUUUUUGAGGGUAGGAUUGUGAGAUAUUCCAUUUCUCGGAGGAAAACUAUCAUUUUUUGCUGGUUUAUUAAAAAUACAUGUUAUCUUUUCUUUUUUAUUCUGUUUGUAUUAUUUUUUUUCCCUGUUCAGAAAUCCUUGCGGAGGUGUAUAAAGACGCAUAUUUUUUAUUGCAAAACUAAUGAUCCUUCAAAUCCAUCUAGAAAAAGCUUCAAAACUCAAACGAAUUAUUAAUAUAUUUAGUUAAUUUUUUUCUUGAUUUAAAAAUAAAAAAAUGUAGAGAUUUACUGAAGUACCUAAAAAAUACCCCGCCUCGCAUAGGUGAAACCGAAAAGUCACUUUGAGGGCCCUUAGAAGAAGCUGAAAAGGUAUCUUAAAAAUCUCCCAAAGUGAUGAGAAAAAUCCUUUUCUCAGCCUCAUAGGUUCUUCUUGAAACCCCUGGAAAUUUUUGGUUCAUUUUUUGUUUGAAAAAGUACCUUUUUCGUUUUUCCCAAGGGUGCUAAAGGGAUCCAAAGUGUAAAGGCCAAGAAAAUUGACUUUUUGUGAAAGAAGUUGAAAAACGGGCAGAAGCCUCUGGAAAAAGGCCUCGCAGGCCCCUUUUUUCUUGACUUUUUUAAAAAGAAGCGGGAAACCGAGAUUCUCAGAAACUUCUGCCAUCUUUUUAGGAACUCAAAAGAGAGCUCUAGGACUAUUUUAUAAAGGCCUUUUUGACUUUGCCCAUGAAGGAAGAUUUUCAGGCGCCCGUGAGGCGACUGGCCAAGUUGUUGUAUUUCUCGAUUCUCAUUGUGAAGCCAAUCAUGGAUGGUACGUUUUUCUUCUCGAAAUUUGGCCUGUUUUUCUCAAUUCGUUGAAUAAAAAUUCGGUUUUUCAGGCUCGAACCAUUGGUCCAAAGAAUCCAGGAGAAAAGAACGGCGAUAAUUUGUCCGAUAAUCGAUUCGAUUUCCGCCGGAACGAUGGCUUAUCACGGAGAUCCGUUUGCGACCGCCGUUGGAGGUGUGAUUUUUGAAGAGUAAAAUCGAAAAUUUGAUUUAAAAAAAAACCAUCCGAUUAGGCCUGAAAUGAGGAAAAAACUUCAUUAUUAAGUUAUUUUUUUUUCAAAAAGGUCAAAUUGACCAAAAUUUCAGAGUUUCUAGUGUAGAAAGUUGUAUAGUCGAUUCACAGCUAGCUAAGUAGCCUGUCUGCGCUCUCUACCAGCCAGGCACUAUCUCUUCUCUUUUUCGUGUCAGGACCCUUUUUUCAAUGACUCAAGCCAACCAUGAACACUGCAGAUAUAUUUUAUAUCAUGUUCUAAAUCCUCCUAAAAUCUCACAUGACCCGAAAAACAACGAUAACGCCUUUUCGCCUCGAGACCUUUAUAAAACUCCCUAUGCUCCUUUGAACUGCCUAUUUUGCGAAACAUUUGAAUUUUUUUAUUGUCUGUCCAAAUUGUACAGAAGAACAAAUAAGAAGCUUCCAAAUAUGAUAGCAUGUUUUUGCCUCUUUUCAUGCUAUUUGUUUAUUUGAAGUGUUUGAACAAUGCCUCAAAACGGAAAAUUUGAGCGAUUUUAGGAAAUUUCAUAACUGACAGUAGUAUUAUCUAACAUGAAGGAAAGGAAUUUGUGUUUGAACAAAAAAAUUUCCAAAUAAAAAGAAGAAAAUAACAUUUAUUCGUUUCUUUUUGAAAAUACUUGUUGCUGUUUUUUUAACGGAAAAAAACCUUCCAGAAAGUAUUUUUUUAAAAAAACUUUCAAAAAUUAAUUUUUAGGCUUUUUCCUGGGCUCUACACUUUACUUGGGAGCCAAUGUCGAAAAGCUGAAAGAGAACGAAGAAAAUCGGAGACCGAAGCGAUUCGGUUAGUUUUUUUAAAGUUUUAUUUGCUUCAAAUAUUUGAAAAUUCAAAAAAAUUUCGAAACUUCAUUCUUAACAAAAGCUGCAUUUGUCAAUAGUCAUUCAACAUAGUAGUUCGAGAAUUUUUUCUUGAGUGGCAGAAAAGAUUUCUCAAAAAUUUCCUCUGAAGAAUUUCUCCUUCCCCGAACUGAUACGUUUCAGUGAACUUUUUUAUUUGAAUAAAUGCUUUUAGUUCGUUUUCACUGUUUUUAUUGCUGCAUUAUAUUUUUCUCGCUUUGGAAUCUGAAGGUUAUAUGCGCGAAGCGGUCGCGAUGCGUUUUUGCGCCAAUUUGAAAUUUAUCACCUUAUUGAAGUUUUCCGUGGUAAUCAUCGUUUUAUUUAAAGUCCAAAAACAACUUAUUUCAAAUUUAUCUGAUAUAAAUAGUUCGUUUCUUUACAGGCAAAGUCUAGAAAGACUCCAUAGAAAUAUUCCUUUUAGGGUAAUGAAGGCUCCCUUCUUGCUGUCUUUUUGCGCCAUUUUCCCAGCCCUUAUGUACCAUUUUUGCUGCCUCUCCCUUUCUCCGCCAUUUCUCGAGCCUUUAAAAUCCCAGAAAAAUGGAAGGCUCCAUAAAGGGACUCUUUUUGCUGCCUUUUUGCUCCCUUUUCGCCGCCUUUCUGCGGCCUUUUUCGAGCCCCUCCCUCUUAACGGCCAUUAUCCAUCAUUCCGAUUUUUCCCUAGUUCAACAAUAAACUUGAGAAAAGUCUGAAAUGGCGACAAUUUUUUUGAAUUGGUGCCAAAAACGCAUCGCAACCGCUUCGCGCAUGGACCAAACGCCGCAGUUUCAAAACCGAGAAAAAAAUGAAACUUAAAUGAAAAAUGGUUCCAUUUUUUUAUUAAUAAUAAUUUAUUAGUUAUUUCAGUUUUAUAUUUUUUUCGGUUAUCCCCGAGAUCAAAAUGUAGAAAUUAUCCCUACUUCAGAUCUCCCACAAUGGCCGGCGGUCUUCUGGCGGCCGACCGAGAAUAUUUUUUCGAAGUCGGCGGAUAUGACGAGGAGAUGGACAUUUGGGGCGGCGAGAACUUGGAAAUUUCAUUCAGAGUAAGAUUCUUUGAAUAAAAUGCGAGUUUCAAUUGAAACGUUUUAGACAUGGAUGUGUGGCGGAUCGAUCGAAUUCGUCCCCUGUUCCCACGUCGGACACAUUUUCCGAGCUGGCCAUCCGUAUAAUAUGACUGGUGCGAUCAUUUUCUUUUUUUUUUAUUAAAUCAAACAUGAAAUAACGAGAUAUCGGAUGCAAAAAAAUAUUCAAUUAGGAAAAUAGUUAAAUGGACUCGAAAAAGACGGAAAUUGAAAAAAAAAUUUUUUUGUAAGAAAUCUCAGUUUUUUUAAAAUUUUUCUUUACAAUCUUCACUUUAAUAAGAUUCCAUAUGCAAAAAUUCUUCUUUAAUUAAAUUAAAUUAGAACUUUAAGUGAAGAAGCUUCAAGAAAUUUCUGUUCAAAACGUCAAUAUUCGAUAAAUCUUCUCUUUUUAAUGGUAUCACGUUUAUUGAGUUUUUUGAAUUUCGUAGGUAGUUUGGAUUAUUUCAAUUCUAAGUUAGAAAAUGAAAUACUUAGUUUCAGUAUGGCUGAACCCCUUUUGAAGAUUUUUUCCUUGAAAUCGAAAGAAUUUUAGGACGAAACAAAAUUGUGUUUUAGGUCGAUUUCUGAUUGAGACUGGGCUCACUAGGCGCAGAUAGAUUUUUUAUUUUCAAAAAUACCGUUCAGAUUCAUUUUUUUAGGUCGUAACAAUAAUAAGGACGUCCACGGAACGAAUUCCAAGCGAUUGGCUGAAGUUUGGAUGGAUGAAUAUAAACGAUUGUAUUACAUGCAUCGACAAGAUCUCAAGGUGAAUUCAUCAACCGGAUUUUUUUGGUCGCAUUUGGAAUGGCUGCCUUUCAAAAUUCAAUCUUUCAAAUUUAUGAUCUUGAGCGUGACGCGCCCUGGAGUCGGGCGCAACUUUUGAGCCAUUGGUUCUACUUAAAUAUCCGGUCUUUAAUUUCCUAGGGGUGCUGUAUGUGAAAUUCCGCAAUUUUGAGUGGUUCACUUUGUGUGUUUGCACUUUUUUGCGACUUGUCCGCUUUUUUAAUUUCUUUUUCUCUUCUUCUCAAUCUUUUUUAAAAUAUAUUAUAAAGGAGUUUUGGACAUUUAGACUUUUUCCUGCAGUUAUAAUUUAUUGCAUUAAAGUUUAAAACGAAAAUGGACCACGGCGAAUAGUGCAAACACAAGGUGACAACUCAGAAAAGUCCCAUACAGUAACCUUCAAAAUAGAAAAAUCAUGUCGCAACACAAAUUUUUCAAAAGAAUAUAGCAAUGUUGCGCCUGCGCAUGAAGCAACUUGCGCUCAGGAUCAUGAAUUCCACCUUCAAAAAUUUAAUUUUGAACUGCUCGCUCUUGCUUUAGCUGUUGACCAAGCCAUUCCAAGCGCGACCAAAAGUUCUCCCAAUCAACUUUAAUCUGUUUUCUUAUCUGUUCGCAUUUUCAAGGACAAAGACGUCGGUGACCUGACUCCCAGGAGGAAAUUAAGAGAACGACUUCAGUGCAAACCCUUCAAAUGGUUGGUGGCCAUCAAGGACAUUCCAACCCAAAUUAACCUACUUUUUUUCUAGGUACUUGGACAAUGUAAUUCCCGGCAAGUUUGUGAUGGAUGAGGAUGUUCUUGCUUAUGGAACGGUUGGUGGUUUUUAAUUGGUCUGAAGAGAAAUAAGGGCAGAUUUUCCUAAAUGGCUUGUUCAUCGAACAACAUGAAAAUUGUUCCGAAACACAUAAAACUGCUCCAAAACAAAAAAUAGUACGGUUUUGAAGAAAUUUUGAUACGCUGAUAAACAUUUUUUGCGUUUUUUCUUUCAAAUUCUGGGAGAAAUCUAACUUCUAAAUUAUCGUAAUAGAAGUUUCAUUGUGAUGUCAUUUUGGUGUUCCUGAAAAUUUUUUUGACGAAAAACAGGAAUCUCAGGUUUUUUUAACUGGAAAAAAAUGUUACGAAUAUUGGAUUGAUAGUUAUUUCUGUUGAGAAAAAAAGAAGAAUUUCAAAGUACAGAACAAAAAUCCAUAAAGAAAACCCAUGAUUUUUUUGAAUUUUAUUUUUUUGAAUGGCUUUUUUUAUUCUCAUUUUUUAAAGAUUGCAUUGGAUAAACUAUUCGAUAAUUGUUAAUUUUUUUCCAUUGAAAUCAAAUUUUUUUGUUUCGAAGUUUUUUUAGAAGGUGAUUUUUUUCUCAAAAGUUCUAUCAUUCAUGAAAUUUGAAGAAUUUGAUGCCUUUUAGAUUUUUUCAGAAUUUUUUUGGCGAAUUUUUCUUUAUAGAGCUUCAAAUUUCAGAAAAAGAGAAUCACAAGCAGUUUUUCUAAAAAGGAUACCUUUUUCCGAGGGAAAUUAUUAACUCAGUCUAAACCCAAAUAGCGCAGAACAAGUAUGAGCCUAAAUACUAUCAUUUUCUUUGAGCCAGACUUUUUUUCAGCUCCACACGACGGUCAACUCGUACCGCAUGUGCACGGAUACAUUGCAGAGAGAUGAGAAAAUGGCCCAAUUGUUGGGAGUUUUCCCUUGUCAGGGCAAAGGAAGCUCUCCGCAGGUCGGAUAUUUCAAUUAUUUGGUUGACUGAAAAUAUUUUCGUUGCAAAACUUUUAUCUUCCUUUUUUGAAAAAUUGGAUAUCUUCAAAGUUUUCUUUGAGAACGUAAUCCAAUUUAUAAUGUCAUUAAUGAAAAUUGCGAACAAUAAGGCCCGUUUCUAACCGGAAUCUAAUCUCAUAACUAACUAACUAAUUCUAAAGAGGGUUUUUAAUGUUUAAAAUUGAAACCAUGUAAAAAUGGACGUUGGAUUCAUCUUUUGAUUUUGCCGUGACCAAAAUAAUUUCCGGGAAACUCAAUUUUUCUCGAUCUCUCCAAAGUUUGAUUAUCUUUUUCACCUUCUGAAGGUUAUUUUGAACUUCGAGGAAUUUCUGUAUUUUGUUCAAAAGUAAGGGUUUGAGAAGAAAAUUCAACUUAGGCAUGGAAAUUGGAUAAUACCUCUUUUCAUAUAUAAAUUUUGGCCAUGUUUUCGGAAUUUUGAAAGGAAAAGCUCAUUUAUAACAGCUCUCAGGCUGGCUAGGUGUCUAAACGGGUGUAUUAAACUCUUUUUUUUGAGGUUUUUUGAGUUUAUGUUGUGCUAAAAAGGAGAAAUACGGGACCAAGCUGCGUUUAUUUCGAAAAUCUGGGACCGAACUGUGCUGAAAAUUCUUGUUUCAUCUGGCUUUUUUGUUUGUCAUAAUUUGCGUACUCUGCGGACUUUGAAGCUCCAUAACUCGGAAACAGGAUCUAUUGCGAGGAAUUUUUUUCUUUUUCUGUAAUCAGGAGGUCUUAAAGUAUCCUUCAGCAAAAUUUCAUCAAAAGUUCAACCAGGGGGUAAAGAACGUUCCCUAGUCAGCAGGAGAGCGAAUUCUAAUCUUUAAUUUCGAGAGAAAAAUCGACCUUUUCUUCCAGCUGAUGUCACUGUCGAAAGCGGGUCAUUUGCGGCGGGAAACCAACUGCGCAAUUAUCGACGGCGAUAAAAAGCACGUUCGGAUGAUCAGUUGCAGUGAUGGCCUCGACAAAUGGACCUACGAGGUGGGAAAUAUUCGAAAAAGGGAUAUUUUUUGAUUUUCCCUUAGUUUUCUUAAAUUCCUUUUUUUCUAGAUUUUUAGGUCAUUAGAAAACGAAUGGUUCAGGAAUUUUUCUCAAAAGCUACAAAAAGACGGUGUACUUCGCUUCAAGACCUUUUUUUUGCAGACUUGUAGAAGAAAAGUUUUUUUUCUGCUGUGCUUUGGAAACGUGGAGAAAAUCCCGCAAAGAAUAGUUAUGCACAGGUUGGGCCGGCCCGGGCUCUGGGCAUUGUUUUUUGAGAAGAAACUUGGGCGGGCUUGGGCCAGGCAUCGAAUAAAUCUUCUGAAUUCGAUCAAUUUUUCAAAAUUUUCCAGAAAUUUCACUCUUUUUACGGAUAAAAGCUUAGUUUCUGUUGAAUUUUAAGUGAAAAAAACAGCAGAAAACAAGAAAUUUAGGGUAAAUAAGUCUGAUAUUUGACUUCAAGAAAACCUGCCCUUUUUGGGCGGGGCCUAGUCGGGCUCAAAAAAAGGGUCUGGGUUGACCCGGCCCUCGCGCAAGCCUGACGAUAACCAUAAAUAGAUUACUGUUUUUCCAGAAACGGCAGCUGAUCCACAACCGGACGAAGCAAUGCUUGACGACGGCUUCUCUGAAAGGCGGCGAUGACGUCAUCGUCGUGGAUUGCGAUCCGUCGGACGCCCACCAACUCUGGGAUUUUGACAGCCCUGAUAUUUGA